CGCAACCCUCUUAGCUGACAGAGAUCAGAAGCUUGACCACCAAGGAAGAUGUUCGCCGUGAGAAAGCCACAGUUCGGCGUACGACCUUCUUGGUCCCUCCCCUCCCUCACAGGAAAGAUGGUUGUUCGAAAGCGGGAGACAGAGAAAGGCCAAUGAAGUUAUCAAUUGCUUGGACGUGAGUCCUCCACCUAUAAAGCAAGCUAGCUCCUUCCACCCAACCAGGAGAUCACCACGUCCCCUCUCUUUCUUCCUCAUGUUCCCUUUCACUUUCCAUCUCUGUGAAGAGAGAUAGAGGAAGAAAGAGAGCAGCAGCAGACGUCUCCGCAUUCCGGACCAGAAGGUCCCAAUAAUCUAGAAUGGUACGUUCCGCUACUUGCAGGUCGCUGCUCCUGCUCCACAUUGUAGGUAGCGUCAUUUACGCCUCCUCUGCACGGACUUGCACGUCGCAGAAUUUCACCAACAAGAUCUUUGGGACCUGCAUUGACCUCCCCGUCCUCAACGCCUCCCUCCACUGGACGUACUAUGCUUCCAAUGGUACCGUCGACGUAGCCUAUAGGGCUACCCCUGCUUCGGGAGGCGACUGGGUCGCCUGGGCCAUCAAUCCCACCGGCCAGGGCAUGGUUGGCUCGCAGGCCAUCGUGGGCUACGUCUUCUCUGACAGUGUCAACGUGAUAACCACAUCGGUCGUUAGUUACACACCCUCCAUGCGGAACGGGAGCCUGAGCUUCCCCGUCUCCAAAAUCGCCGGCGAGGUCUCCGGCGGCGACAUCAUCCUCUUUGCGACCUUGAGCCUGCCGAGCAACACCUCCACCGUGCAUCAGGUGUGGCAGACCGGUCCCAUGUCUGAAAGGACUCCCUCCAUGCAUCCUACUACGGGUGCCAACCUUCUGUCCAUGGGGACCCUCGACCUCAUCUCCGGCCACAGCACGUCCACAAGUGACGGUGAUACGAAGACCCGCAGAAAAAAGUAGGGGGAGCGGAGCAUGUCCAGCGGAGGGGACGGUUCUUCGGCCGACGACGCAACGCCAAGGGGUGGUGGAAGCCAUUUCCUGAAAGAUCUCUCUCUCUCUUUGUCUUGCCCUAAUGAGAAAUGUCUCCCAUUAAGCCCUGUUACUGGCGGGUGAAAUUUCACCCGCCCGACCAAAAAUGCAUCAAACGGGGUGAAAUUCACCCCGUUUAAUGCAAAAGAGAGCGGGUGGAAUUUCACCCGCUCGACACCCUCUUCUCCCGUCGCAUUUCACUCCUUUCCCUCCUUUGCAGCUCCUCCUCCCUUGCAAAGAAACUUCUCACCGUCGCACCAAAGGCCGCUCUCAACGUCGCCGCUCCGCCAUUUCUGCUCCGCUCCUCUGCCGAUUCGCCAACGCCACAGUCGCCGCUCAUGUAAGGGUUUCUCUUGCUCUCGAUGUGUCCCUUUUUCAAAACCGCCCAAUUUGUUUUUCUCCGUCUCUCUCUUGCAAUCGGUUCCAGAUGGUUCCUCUCUAUCCUUCGUGAUCGAGGAGGACCAACAAUGGAAACCAGGCCUUUUAGAGAGCCAUCGCUAUGCUUCAGUGAGCAAAUGUCGCUAAGUCGCCUACACCUCUCUCUCUCUCUCUCGAGGUCGCUCCUUUCUCUCUCGCUAUGUGUGUGUGUGCAGUAUUUGGUGGCAUGAUAACUGUCUUAUAUCAUCGGCAAUUUGUUUAGGUCUGCUUCCCUUGAGGAGUUCAUCAUCUCCACCGGCACCUUGCUUCUUGGAAAGGGACAUUUUUCAGCUGUUUUCCCUAAAAUUCUUUUCCUUCCAACUUCUUUUUGGGAUAACCUUUCUCAUUAUUGAUCUCCUAAUGUGGAUCAUGCUCUUGGAAUUUAAUGGAACAUGUCAAGUUCAAUUUCAGAAGUCUCGCAUUAUGCUUUUACUAAAGUCAUGUGGAUUUGCUUUCUAAGUUGUGGCAAGUUCUAGGCGCACUUCCCUCUAUACUGGAUUGUGGCCACUUAUGGCCAGCGAGUCCUUACUGAGGCUGGUGUUUAAGAAUCCCACUGAAUUUUGAGGGUUAAGGUUCCUUUACGGUAUUUCUUUGCAAGUGUAAUAUACUUUUGAUGUUUGUAUUUGAUGAUUAUGAUUAUGAUCCAGUACCAUGCGAGGCACUUGUCUAUCUUCGGCUCCUUAUUGAAUUCUUAAGAUCUUGCAGUGCAUGUGGCAAUCUUGACAGAAGUCACCUGAUCUUAUGUUUAUAAGUUGUCCUGAUCUUAUGUUUAUAAUAUGUUGAAAUCUUAACCUGUUGCCCUUUUGCAGGUAGCACUUCUGAGGCAGCCAAUUUGCCAUAGAAUUGCUCCUGCAAAAAGUAUGUCCACGUUGUUUCUGAGUUGAUGUGCAAUUCAUUUCUUUACACUACAUAUUGUAGUUUAAGUUUGUAGUAUACUAGUACUAGCUUGUGUCUCUCUCUCUACUUCAUGUUCCUUGCUGGUAAUUUGAAAUUUCUACGUACCGCUCCUGCUUAGAAACCUGAUGCGAAGGCGCAGGCCUUGAAAGCAGCAAACAAAGUGAAGUCAGGGCAAAUAAAAAGAAGAUUAAGGCAGCUGUUAGGACAAAAAAGCGCAGGCUUGAAGAUGCCAAGUUGAUUCAUUUGCAUAGUUUUCUCUUUCAUUAAUUCAACCUUGAGAAACAAGCUGAUCAGUUAAUCCUCUUGUCUUAUCUUCAAAACCGUUUUGAUUUUAAAGAUCUUUUAGGCUGCUUAUGUAUCAGGAAAUGGUUUUUUUCCACUUUCCAAUGCUCUGUUUUGUCACUUUAAAGUUAAUCUAGUAGUUAAUAUCAGUAUAAAUAAAACUUUGCCUUGGCAUAGAGUCUCCCUUAAUCUUUUUCUUCUCUUAUUUCUUUUGGAGUUUCUCCUUUGAGAAAGCAAUAAAUUGAUAAGCUUCAAACUAAUCUUAGGAAAUACAGAAAAGAUUUGCAACGUUGCCAUAACCUAUCUGUUAUCUGCUGAGUGUGUGAUCCGUAACUUUCAGCUUGAAAAAAUGCAACUAAAU